CUGCUACAUGUAAUUCCCUGGUGAUACCGACGGUGACCGCGGUCAUUCUUCUUCUCCUGGUGCUCUGUGCGCACCUCACCUGGACUCUGAGAAAGAAAGCAGGUAACGUAGGCAGAACAUCUUCUAACUAUCACUGCUGGCAUGUAUCAAGCAAGAGAGACAACCAGGCCGCUCGGGCCCUUUGGAAAGGUUGCUCUCAGUUUAUGAUGUAAAAUAGAAUAUAGUUGGGUAAAUAAUCUGUUUUAACUUUUAUUAAAUGUUUUCUUCUUUUGUAACUUAUUCUGUAUGUUUUUGGUGCUGUUAUUUGAUACAUUUAUGGCGCCACCUGCUGUUUACACAGAGGUUUUAUUUAUUUCGAUUUUACGGCUAGUGCAUUUAAGAUGUGGUAUUUACCAACAAAUAAAGUGAUAUGUACCUUCACACAUUGCUUGGAUACUGUGUUCUAACAUUCAGCAUAGGCUAAUUUUAAUUUUGUUUAGAUUACAAAAAUAUUUUAAAGUAUAUAUCCAGUAUGUUUUAUUUCAUUGCAACUCAUUGAAAAAAAGUUUAUUCCACUUUCCUGCAAAUAUUCACCAAUCAAGUUCAUUGAAUCAACCUUUAUAGAAAACAUAUGUUUAGUUUCCUGUCUCUCUAACAACCUUUUAUUGCCCCCGCGGUACUAACUCAAUACCCUCAGCUCCCUCCUGGUGGGCUCUAGGAUGCAGUAUGCGUGUAUUUAAGAACCUUCCUCACCAGUCAUUAAAGGUGACCUUAUUUAGCAGAUUGGCCUUCACCACCACCCCAAGGUAUAGGUCACUCACCAUUUCUGUAUCCAGUAACUUUAUAAUUAUAGGAUUAUUUACUUACAACCCAUGUUUCUCGUUCACGGUUAUUGACAAACAAGGAAAGAUAUCUGUAUUCUAGGCAGCCAAUCAGAUAUCAGUAUCAUAGGUGAUGUUUUUAUGGUUGGCAUUGUUUCCAUGAGUUAGAGCAGAGCUGGGCCUGGGAAAGAAUGAAAGAGUUUAACUCUUUAGAACAGCUUUGUUCUUCACAUCAGCCAAUGCUACCUAAUGUAAUACAGAUAUUUUAUGAUAUUUAAAUGUCCUUAGACCUGCCUAAUGCUUUUGUAUUAUUUAUAUUUCAGUUACAGCAGCCUGUGAGUCACACAGAACAGAACCAGUGACUCAGGUAAUAAUGUGCCAGAUGGUAAAAUGAGAACAAGGGCGAUCAAAAGGAAUUCAAAAAACAAAAAUGAAAUGGGUCUAGAACAGAGGUUCCAACCCCAGUUCCAAAGGCUAAGCAAAAUUCACAGUAUCGGAAAAUGCCUGAAUUGGGAACUUUCGGUGCACUGCGAGUUUAUUAGUUUGUCGAAUGUAUCUUUCAUUAAGUAGACAUUGAGAUAACAUGACUUAUUGGAUGCGAUUAGUGUUCAUCUAUUUUAUAUUAUGGGGAAUGUUUUUUAAUAUCAGAAGCACUAAUGACGGGGGACUGGAUAACCCUCUGACACAGUAUUUUUUCAGAGAGAACCCCCUACACUGUUUUCGCACCGCAUUCUGCAGGCACAUAACCAAGGGUUUGUGGGUCUAUUUAUUAGUCAUCCAUGUUUUAUUAUUAUUUUAUUAUUUAUAUAGCGCUAGCAAAUUCCGUAGCGCUGUACAAUGGGUGGACUAACAGACACAUAGUUUAUAAAGAAUCUGAGGGGGCACGGCUAUUUUAUAUUUAACCUCCCCUAUACUAAACAGCAAAAUGAAAAUCACAAGGUCAAACAAAGCAUGUGUGACAAAAUGAAAUAGGUUUACUCAUCAUGUAAAACCCUACAAUAAUGUGACGUUACUUGUAUUUCAGUAAACGGCAAUAAGAUAGCGACAAUGCAUGUGUUCAGUGUCUCUUAACCGGGCAUGUCUUAAAGUUGGCAAAGAAAUCCCAAAUUGUAUCCCUCAAAAGAUAAUAUGGAAAAUAUUCAAACUGAAAUCAUUUUCAAAUAUGACUACUGUGUCUUAAAAUGUACCAUUUUUUAUCUUCUCUCCUGAAUGUUUGGUUAUGGAACUCAGAAUGUUUUAUUAAGCUUUUUCUGUUUUUCUGUUUUUUCAGGAAAGAAUUAUUUAUUCACAACUGGACGUAUAUUACCUAACAAACAGAAAAUAG